UUUGUCUGAAUCAGUUUUUCCACUUCCGCGCUCCUCUUGACUCGGUUACCACUUUCUGUCCGGCUCUAGUGCCCCCAUUUUGAUCCAUAUUUUCUGUGCUCCAUUAAGCUCUUCUUCAAGGACUGGCUAAGUUGAGUGGUUGCAUGAGAAAUUCUACUGCUCUUUCCUUCAUAAAGAUAGAAUAUUUUGAUAAUGGCCUCGAGAGCAAUUUUACGUAGGAGGAAGUAUCCCUUGAAUGUCCUGAAUCAAUCAUCUUGUGUAAUUCAAGGUUUUUCAGGUUUUGAACAUGGGCAAUCAUCUUCAUCUAGUGAUUCAUAUGGAGCUGACAGGGUUGGAAGCAAAUUAUCUGAUAUUUCCAAUUGUAGGAAAGGGGCUUUAUCUUCAGUUGCUAGGAAUGAACUGUCAAAUCAUUUUGCAGCACAAUUGCCUGGGAAUAACUCCAUUAGAAUCUUAAAAUUCAAUUAUUGGGAUGGAAAUGCUUAUUCAUUUUAUCCAUUGGGCAUCCGGUGGAUUUCACAAUCUGCUUCUGCAGCCACUGCUGGACAACCUCAAUUGGGCAGUGGUAGUGAUGGAAAGGAACAGCAAGCUAAAAAGGUGAAGGAGGCUUCACCUGAGGAGUGUGAUAUAGCAGUUGAAGGUUUGAGUACAGCAAAAGCCAAAGCCCAAGCCAAAGUCAAGCAGAAGCAAGAAUCCCAAAAGAGUGUUCAACCUAUAAUGACAAGAGUCUGGGCUAAGCUUCUGGGUAUUGGACCUGCUUUGAGAGCUGUUGCUUCUAUGAGCAGUGAAGACUGGGCUAAUAAGCUUCGUCAUUGGAAAGAUGAAUUUAUAUCCACAAUGCAACACUACUGGUUGGGUACAAAGUUACUCUGGGCUGAUAUUAGGAUAAGCUCGAGGAUGUUGGUAAAACUUGUUAAUGGGAAGGGUCUUUCUAGAAGAGAAAGGCAACAGCUGACACGUACCACAGCUGAUAUCUUUAGGCUAGUGCCUUUUGCUGUUUUCAUCAUAGUUCCAUUUAUGGAGUUCUUGCUGCCAGUAUUUUUGAAAUUAUUUCCCAACAUGUUACCAUCAACCUUCCAGGACAAGAUGAAAGAAGAGGUAAUGCCAUCAAAGGAAAUGUUGAACUGGUCUAUGGAAGCAUUGAAAAGACGGCUAACUGCAAGGUUAGAAUAUGCUAAGUUUCUUCAAGACACGGUGAAAGAAAUGGCAAAGGAAGUCCAAAAUUCACGAAGUGGAGAUAUGAAAAAGACAGCUGAAGAUCUUGAUGAAUUUAUGAACAAGGUUAGAACUGGUGCACCUGUUUCUAAUGAUGAAAUUUUAGGCUUUGCCAAGUUAUUCAAUGAUGAGCUUACUCUGGAUAACAUUAGCAGGCCUCGUUUGGUGAAUAUGUGCAAAUAUAUGGGAAUCAGCCCAUAUGGAACAGAUGCAUAUUUACGUUAUAUGCUUCGAAAAAGACUAUAUGAAAUAAAGAAUGAUGAUAAGAUGAUUCAAGCUGAGGGUGUGAAGUCCCUUACAGAGGAAGAGCUUUGUCAAGCCUGUAGAGAUCGAGGCAUGCUUGGGCUACUGUCAGUGGAGGAGAUGAGAGAUCAGUUACGCAAUUGGCUGGAUUUGUCUCUCAAUCGUUCUGUUCCAUCUUCUCUUUUGAUUCUUUCUAGAGCCUUCAGUCUAUCUGGAAAAGUAAGGCCAGAGGAAGCUGUUCAAGCCACUCUCUCCUCUUUGCCUGAUGAGGUUGUCGAUACUGUUGGUGUUACAGCUUUGUCAUCUGAAGAUUCUGUUUCAGAGAGGAGGAGAAAGUUGGAAUUCCUUGAAAUGCAGGAAGAACUUAUCAAGGAGGAAGAACAGGAAGAGGAAGAGGAACAAGCCAAGUUGAAGGAGGCUGUUGGCAGACAAAAGGAUGUUGCUUUGGAAGAGAUGAUUGAUCCAACUGUUAAAGAGGCAGAAGAGCAGGCAAAAGCAAAAACAUUGGAGAAACAUGAGCAACUUUGUGAGCUCAGUCAGGCAUUGGCUGUUUUAGCUUCUGCAUCUUCAGUCAGUAGGGAGCGUGAAGAGUUCCUGAGACUUGUUAACAAGGAGAUAGAACUGUACAACAGUAUGGUUGAGAAAGAGGGUACAGAUGGGGAAGAGGCAGCCAAGAAGGCAUACAUAGCUGCACGGCAAGAUAGUGACCGGAGUGCUGAGAAGGCAAUUGGUAAAAAGGUUCCCUCGGCACUUACCAACAGGGUUGAUGCAAUGCUUCAAAAGCUUGAAAAAGAAAUUGAUGAGGUUGAUGCCAAGAUUGGAGAUCGUUGGCGGUUACUGGAUAGGGAUUAUGAUGGAAAAGUGACUCCUGAAGAAGUUGCAUCUGCUGCCAUGUAUCUCAAGGACACAUUGGGCAAGGAGGGUCUUCAAGAACUUAUUAGCAACCUUUCCAAAGAUAAAGAAGGGAAAAUCCUUGUUAAAGAUCUUAUGAAACUAGCUGAUGAAGCUGAUGAAAUGGAUGAAGCAGACGAAGCAAAAGAUGCCGAUGCUGAUACUGCUGAAGCAGGAAAGAAAUAGGAAAAGCUAGAACUUUUUCUUCUAAUGGUGGGCUGUGCCUCUGCUACAGCAUUAUCGCAGAAUAAUAUUAUCAGAAAUUUCACUGGCAACACGACAUUGAUUGUCUCAGCUACUACACACUGGAAAUGUUGACGAAAAAGGGGGAAAAUAUUCAUAUAUGAAAAGAAAUAUAUGACACAACCAGCAACAAUGCUAUUUUGUUCUGCUUUACUCGCUGUUAUGAAUUUGUAUAUGACAGAAAUAUCUCCUGAAAAGGUUAUAUCUGUAGACAGAAAGCAACUAGGCAUUUUGAAACUUGGUUAUAACUUAUAAUUACCUUUAAAAGUUAGAUUAAAAUUGUCCCUUCAACAAAAUUUCAAAGUUAUAAAAGGGCACUAGACUUGCUUAAAAGCUCUAUGUUCCCAUGCCAGCGACAAAGUAGAUAUGCUGUAAUGACACAAAACCAAGUGUGCCGAAAUAAACAUGUUGGUUAUAU